GCUUCACUAUAAACUAUAACCUUCACAAAACUUUCCAUUCACUUCACUUGGAUACAUAAAGUGUGAGAUAUGGCAGAAACAAAAACAAAAGAAAUGAGAGCAAAAACAGAGGAAAACAGAGCAAAAACAGAGAAGAUGAGAGCAGAGGAGGAAGAAGAAGCACAAGCUGAAGUGGAUAUUUGGAACUAUGUAUUUGGGUUUGUAGAAAUGGCUGUUGUGAAGUGUGCCAUUGAGCUUGGCAUUGCUGAUGUACUGGAAACCCACCAAAACCCCAUGACACUCUCUGAGCUAUCUCGUGCACUCGGGUGUGCACCUUCAUCCCUUCACCGCAUCAUGCGAUUCCUGGUCCACCGCCGUGUGUUCAAAGCAGAGCACGCGAGAGAUUGGGAAGCCACGAGAUACGCGCAGACUGCGCUAUCCCGCCGCUUCAUGAGGCAAGGGGAGAAGAGCAUGGCUGAUAUUGUGCUGCUGGAGAGCAGCCCACCCAUGCUUGCCCCAUGGCACUUUCUGAGUGCCCGUGUUCUCACCCAGGGCGAGAACUUGCACCCAUUCGAGGCCGCCCUUGGCGAGGACGUGUGGGGAUACUCCGCGGUGCACCCGGCACACAGUAAGCUCAUAAACGAUGCAAUGGCCUGUGAUGCUAGGAUUGUAAUACCUGCAUUGAUUGAGGGGUGUCCUGAGGUGUUUGAUGGGGUUGGUACUUUGGUGGAUGUGGGAGGGGGAAAUGGGGUUAGUCUGUGCAAAUUGGUCAAGGCGUUACCUUGGAUCAGAGGCAUAAACUUUGAUCUUCCUCAUGUUGUGGCCACAGCAGCAGUGUGUGAGGGUGUUCAAAAUGUUGGAGGGAAUAUGUUUGAUGCUAUUCCCAAAGCUGAUGCUGCUUUCAUCCAGUGGGUUCUGCAUGACUGGGGAGAUGAAGAGUGCAUCCAAGUCCUGAAAAAUUGCAGAGAGUCCAUCCCACAGGACGGAGGAAAGGUGAUAAUCUUGGAAGCUGUGGUGGGAGAAGAGAGAGAAGAGAAGCUCAAAGGUGUGAGCUUAAUGCUGGACAUGGUGAUGAUGGCUCACACCUUCAAGGGCAAAGAGAGGACCUUGAAGGAAUGGGUUUAUGUCCUUAGGGAGGCAGGAUUCAGUCGCCACGCCAUCAAACACAUUCGUGCUGUUCAAUCAGUCAUUGUGGCUUAUCCUUGAUUCUGAAAGUACUUAUUUUGUUAUCCAAAUUUGAGAAACAAGUAUUCUUAGUGCCUGUGGCUUUGUUAAGUUGUAUCCUGUUUUGAAAAAUGAUCCCAUGGCAUGAUGUAAUGUGUGCAAAAUUCCAAAUGUGCUUAGAUAUGAUUAUGAAGCAGUUGUAUCCAUGUGCGUCAAGUUUUAGCUCACUAUUUUGGGUAAUAAAGUAGUAUGUUUAGUGUGGUUUGAUGGAAACAAGAAA